GAUAAAUAAGAAACUCACCAGGAAAUACUUCAUGUAGGUGAGCUUGUUAAUGUAUCAUCAUUAAUGUCCAAUGAACCGGUAAGGUGAGAAACAAAGAGAAGAAAAGUGAUCUGAAGCGUGCUGCAGGUAAAAUUAUUUAACUCAGCUGUUAGUAUGAAUCGCAGUCUGUCGUCUCUGGAGUUUCUCCUCAGCGUCGUGUCGUCUCUUCUUCUGGUCUGUUGUGUCGGACUGAUCGUAGUUUCAUGGAUCAGUCUGACGCCUCAAGGUGCCGUUGAGCCAGCGGUGCUGACUGGUCGGAUGGUGAUCACAGAGGGAGCUGUUUUCUCCGAAGAGCUGAAGAACUCCAGCAGUCUGCACUUUAAAUCUCUGGCCUUCGACGUCCAAAACCUGGUAUCAGAGGUGUUCAGUCACAGUGAGCUCCGACGUCUCUUCAAGUCCUGUCAGGUUUUAUACUUCAGUCGGGGCAGUGUGGUGGUGACCGUUGACCUCUGGUUCAAUCAGCUGAUCGAUGCGAAGGAAGCAGAGCAGCAGCUGGGGGCGGGACUUCAGGAGGCCGGGACCACAGGAUUAGUGAUCGACAGAAACAGCAUCCAGAUCACAGAGAAACAAGAUGAGACAACAGCUUCACCAACGACUGUCACACCUGCAACAGUGACGUGUCCUCCUCAUCAGACAUCGUGUGCUGAUCGAUCGAUUUGUGUUCCGAUCGAUCAGUUCUGUGACGGAAUCGAUGACUGUCCUGACGCCUCUGAUGAAGACGCCGCUCGCUGUGCGACAGCGUGUGACGGUCAGUUCGUGCUGAGAGGUGCGAGCGGUUCGUUCAGUUCAUCAGACGUCUCAGAGGCGAACAGCAGCCGCUUCUGUCGCUGGAUCAUCAGGGUCGGUCGGGGACUUUCUGUUCAGAUCAACUUCCCUCACUUUGAAACAGAAGAAAACAUUGACACUCUGAAACUUUAUGAAGGAGUCGGUGCAGACAAACACCUGACAGCUGAGCUCUCAGGCUCCACCCCUCCUGGGACCAUGUGGCUGCUGACUGACCAAUCAACUGUGGAGUUUACUUCUGAUGAUGUCAACAAUCUGUCAGGGUUCAACGCCACCUAUAGCGCCGCCAACACCUCCAACCUCUCAGACGAGCAGAAGCUGACGUGUACCUUUGAGCAGGGCAUGUGUUUCUGGAGGCAGCAGCAGGACGAUGAUGAUGGAGACUGGAUUCGAACCAGCGGCUCCACAUUUCCCCCGCUGAGCGGCCCGAGUGUCGAUCAGACGCUGGGCAACAGCUCAGGUUUCUACAUCGUCACUCCUCUGAGUCCCGGCCAAUGGCUGAAGAGCUUCAGGAUCCACAGCCUCCCUCUGACUCCGCCCACACAGCCCAUGUGUCUGAGCUUCUGGUAUCACAUGUUUGGAGAAGAUGUCCACCGUCUCAGAGUCCUGCUGCUCCGACCGUCUGCAUCACAGUCUGAAUCUGCUGUUACCGUGGUGUUCCAGAGAGACGGUAACUAUGGCGACAACUGGAACUUCGGCCAGGUGACCCUCAACUUAACAACAGAGACCACGGUCGUGUUUGAAGCUCUAAAGAAAAGAGGGAUGAGGAACGACAUCGCUUUGGAUGACAUCACACUGACCUCUUCUGCCUGUGGCCCUGCCCCCCCUGAACCAACCAAUGUACCGCCUCCACCGACCACUCCCCCUAUACCAGCUGACUGUGGAGGACCCUUUGACCUCUGGGAGCCAAACUCCACCUUCAGCUCCCCAAAUUACCCACAAUCCUAUGGGAACAUGGCUAAGUGUCUGUGGACUCUCCACACCAGUGAGGAUCGGAACAUCCAGCUCCACUUCCUGGACUUUGACGUUGAAGCAACGUACGAUGUCGUAGAGGUGCGGGACGGGGCGGGUCCAAAGUCCACCUUACUGGCUGUCCUGACUGGCAGCGAUGGCCCCGCCCACGAUUUAUUCUCAACAACCAAUCAGAUGACAGUCUGGUUCUUUACGGACAGCUCGGGUCAUGGCCGAGGAUUCAGAGCCAACUUUACUUCCGGGAUCAACCUGGGGUCACCAGCUCCAUGUGCAGUCGGUCAGUUCCAGUGUAAGACAGGAAGUUGUAUCCAUGGUAACGGUCAGUGUGACAGCGUGGUCGACUGUCCUGACGCCUCUGAUGAAGCCGACUGUGUUAUGUUGCAGGUGAACGGCUCCACUCGUCUACAGUUUCAACGUCUCUCCUCUCUGCUCACCGUGUGUGCUGACACCUGGAACACUCACCUGUCUGACUUCACCUGUCAGUACCUGGGAUACAGGUCCGGGGAGGCCACCCAGCUGCCGGUUUUGCCCCAAGAUUCACCGUUUACAGCCUUCACAGUCACCAGCAACGGAACACUGGAAACCAGUGUCAGUGAAACCUGCAUCAGUGAGAAAGUGAUUUCUCUGAACUGUGACAACCAACCUUGUGGCGUUCGACAGGUCACUAAUGACACGUGGGAGACGGACCAAUCAGCAGAGAGGAUAUCUGGUCAAGGUGUAGUCAGAGUGGUAGGCGGGGUUAACGCUGUGAAGGGGGCGUGGCCAUGGAUCGUGUCUCUGCAGUGGAGGAGGCGUCAUGUGUGUGGAGCCUCGUUGAUUGGCAGAGAUUGGCUGCUGACCGCGGCACACUGUGUCUACGGGAAGAACGUCCACCUCCAGUCGUGGUCGGCUGUUUUCGGUCUUCACUCUCAAAGUGACAUAAACUCUUUGGACGUUCAAACUCGCCAAGUCGAUCGCAUCGUCAUCAGCAGACAAUACAACAGACAAACCAAACAGGCUGACAUCGCCAUGAUGCAUCUGCAGCAGCCGAUCAACUUCACCCAGUCCAUCCAGCCGGUGUGUUUACCUCCUGAAGGUCAGGACUUCACAGCAGGAAGACGGUGUUUCAUCGCUGGAUGGGGCCGAGACGCCGAGCAGGGUUCUCUCCCUGAUGUUCUCCAGGAGGCCAAAGUUCCUCUGGUGGUUCAGGAUCAGUGUCAGCUUCAGUUACCUGAGUACACCAUCACCUCCAGCAUGCUGUGUGCUGGAUACUCUGAGGGGGGGGUCGACUCCUGUCAGGGCGACUCUGGAGGUCCACUGAUGUGUCUGGACGAUGGACACUGGGCUCUGAUUGGUGUGACAUCUUUUGGGAUUGGCUGUGGGCGUCCUCAGAGACCUGGAGUCUACGCCCGAGUUUCUGCCUUCACGUCCUGGAUCGCGCAGACCAGACGCUCUUCCUCCUCCUCUUCCUCACCUCUCUCCUCAAACUUUGAACAAUAAAGCGAGUGAUGGAUCCGACA